AUGUCAGAAAAAUAUGACAGGCAACUUCGUCUCUGGGCUCAACGUGGCCAGUCUCUACUGAGACACUCUAAUGUUUGCCUACUGGGUGCCACCACUACUGGGACUGAAGCUCUCAAGAACCUAGUCUUACCGGGUUGUGGCAAGUUCACCAUAGUUGACUCGUCCAAAGUGACUACCUCUGAUCUGGAAACAAACUUUUUCCUCACACAACAGGACCUUGGUUCCAAUAAAGCAGCUGCCGUAGUUCGAAACCUCAACGAAUUGAACCCAGACGUCGAAGGCACUGCUCUUGAUAUCUCAUUGACCAACAACUUAGUUGAGGAUAGUCAUUUUUGGUCGCAGUUUUCGUUGAUUAUCAUAGCUUCCAGUUGGCAUCUACAGAAAGUCUUGACGUUGGCUGAUACAUUAUGGGAUAUGAAAAUUCCGCUCAUCCAUGUUUCGACAAUUGGAUUUUACGGUUACAUGAGAAUUUACAUCAAAGAACAUACCAUAACAGAAUCUCACCCUGAAUCUUUCAGUGACUUCCGUAUUGAUCGACCCUGGAAAGAAUUAAAAGAAAUGAGUGACUCAGUCGACUUGGAAGCCGAUGAUAAAGAGCACAUUCCGUACCUACUGAUACUGAUAAAGGCCUUAGAUAGGUGGAAAUCCAUCCAUGGAAAACAACCAUCCACUCCAAAGGAAAAAGCUCAGUUCAAACAGUCCUGUUCCGAACUGCAAUCUGACCUAAGUCUGCAAAAUUUUGAAGAAGCUGUCACAUUUUCUUGGAGAGCUUCCCAAGUUUCGACUCAAGUACCCGAAAAUGUCAAAACUAUCAUAAACGAUCCGAUACUUGAUAAUCUAUCCAGAUCAACGCCAUUAUUCUGGAUUUACGUAAAAGCACUAAAACUGUUUAUCGAAAAGAACGGGCAGUUACCUCCCCUACCGGGUGUGCUGCCUGAUUUACAUUCCAGUACAGAAGCAUACAUCAAGCUCCAACACAUUUACAAGGCAAAAGCUGAGGAAGAUAUUAUUGAGUUCACCGGCUUGGUGAGCCAAAUUUUGUCAUCUAUAGGCCGAGAUGCUGACCACCUAGAUCAUGACUCAAUCAGGAUAUUCUGCAAGAAUUCAAGAUAUCUAUUUCUACAGAGGGGAUCCAAAACAUUGAUUGACCCCAGAUUGAUUCGUGAGCUCGGAAACACUCCAUUGUUGUCAUUAUUUAUUGCAUUCAUUGCUACUCAUAAGUUUAUGGACACCCAUUCGGGAAUCAUUCCUCAAGAGUCAGAUUAUAACGAACUAAUUUCUAUAGUUCAGCUUAUCUUGAAGUCGGAAAAAGUGCCUGACUUUCUUAGCGACAUUGUGAAGGAAAUUCUACGAUCCAAGGGAACUCAACUGCAUAAUAUCUGUUCAUUCAUGGGAGGAAUCGUCGGCCAAGAGGCUGUGAAGCUUAUUACUGGCCAAUAUAUCCCACUUGAAAACUCAUUAGUGUUUGAUGGCAUCAAUAGCUGUACUGAAAAAUGGAAAAUUUGA